GCUGAGCAGGCACAGGAGAAGGGCCACUUCAACAGCAGGCACCUGGAGCCACACUCAGAGCAGACGCAGCCUAAAAAAGGCAAUCAAUGCCAAACGGACAGCCACAGUAAAGCGCCAAAAGCUACCUCACCCUCAAACAGAGAUUCAGCACGGCCUCAGUUCACCGAGAUCGCCCCCACCGGCACAGCAACAGCCCGCAACCACACCGCACCGAACGAAGAGACACACAAACAUUACUCACCGAAUGGGCCGAAUUCCCUCUGGUCCACAAUGAACAAAACACAGCCCAACGAACUGGGAGGCUAA